AUGCUGCAAGCGCAAGGCGCGCAGGAAAGAAGAGGGCGCGGGCAAACAUCGCUUUUGCAAUUUGCGCAGCUUCGCGAUUUACUACUCUACUCGUAACUUGAUUGUCAAGGCAGAUAGAUGCAGAUAGAUCGAGACGAGGGAUCAGCGCGAUGAGCCAGCGUGCGGUGUUGGAGGUGAUGGAUGGUGGUGCAUGGAUGGAUGCAGCAGUCUGUUCAAUCGACGACCACACUUUGCCUCCUCUUGCGGCUGCUGCUGGACGUCAGUUCAAGGCGACACCUGUCACGCUUGCUUGCUUGCACAUCCGACACGCCCAAAUCGGAAUAA